AGGAUACUUCCAACUCUCAAUUUGCAUCAAUUUAAUAAUAUCCCUCUCUCGGUUUUCUUCCUACCUUCCUACAACUUGGUCUGCUAUUCUUUUAAGACCUGUUAUUUAAACCUUUACCACCUUCAUUUGUAUAACAUCAUCAGAUUUGAGAAAAAAGAAGUGUUUGUUUCCAAACACCUGAAGAAAGAUCUAAAGCUUUGUGGGUUGUUGGAAUUUUAAUCAACUUGUUACCACCUCUGAAGAAUUUAAAGCUAUGGAUUUUACAAGUUUGGUUGAUACUUCAUUGGAUUUGAGUUUUAGGCCUCGUCCAGUUCUUGAUAAAGUUCCGAAACAAGAAGUUCAGAGUGAUUUCAGUGGAUUGAGCAGAGACAAUAUGGUGGUGAAAGAUGAGGGAGGGGAUUUGUUAGAGGAACUAAACAGAGUUAGCAGUGAAAACAAGAAGCUAACAGAGAUGCUAACUGUGGUUUGUGAAAAUUACAAUGCUUUAAGAAACCAAAUAAUGGAAUAUAUGAGCACCCAAAAUGGUGUAGCUGCAGAUGAUAGUGCAGGAUCAAGGAAAAGAAAAGCCGAAAGCACUUCCAAUCCCAACAACAAUAACAAGAUUAACAACUUGGAUGUUGUUCAAGGACGUUCAUCAGAAAGCAGUUCAAGUGAUGAAGAGUCUUGUUACAAGAAGCUUAAAGAAGAGCACAUAAAAGCCAAAGUUACAGUUGUUUCUAUGAAAACUGAUGGAUCUGAUACCUCUCUUAUUGUAAAGGAUGGUUAUCAAUGGAGGAAGUAUGGUCAGAAAGUAACCAGAGACAACCCUUGUCCAAGAGCUUACUUCAAGUGCUCAUUUGCACCUAGCUGCCCUGUCAAGAAGAAGGUUCAGAGAAGCAUAGAAGAUCAGUCUAUUGUGGUAGCAACAUAUGAAGGAGAACAUAACCAUCCAAAGCAAGAAGCAGGCGCAAGUACUAAUACUAAUUCUACUCCCAGUCGUUUAAAUGUGACAACUAUCGCGGGUACUACUGCUUCAGUCCCUUGCUCUACAACUCUCAAUCCCUCAGGACCUACCAUUACCCUCGAUCUUACUGAUCCGAAAACAGUAGAGAAACGCGACACGAAGAUGAACCACAGUACUAGUCCUACAGGUGGCAAUAGCAUGAAAACAACAACAACAGGAGGUGAAUAUCAAAAUAGGCCAGAAUUCCAACAGUUCUUGAUAGAGCACAUGGCUACUUCCUUAACUAAAGAUCCAAGUUUCAAAGCAGCACUUGCAGCAGCCAUUUCAGGAAAAAUGUUCCAACAUAAUAAUCAUACAGGCAGAUGGUAAACAAAAGUCCAGGAGAGGAGUCAACAAUUCUGUGUAUGGAUAGGCUUAGACAAUUGUUCAAUGUCUUCCAACUUUACUCAUUUGGAAAGUUCUUAGGGAAAAGGAAACAAGUUAUUGUUCAAUGUAAAUACAGGAAAAGCUUGUAACAUUUGGACCACUAAGUUGGACUUGGAGGUGCACGUGACAAUGGAAACUUCUGGACAGGACAAAUUUUCAACAGCAGCCAUAUUGGGUCCCCUGCUCAUGGACUCGCUAUGAGUUGGCUAGAUUGAGACUGCAUUGUCCUUGUAACAUUUAAGUUGUUGAAUUUGACAACUUUGGAGUAUUGAAAUGAGAUCAAGAAAUACUUAUCCAA